UUUCUAAUAUAAUGAAUUAUUGAAUUUUGAUAUACACGUUAAAAGAAAAAAAUAUUAAAGGUAUAAAUUUAAUAUAAUUUUUUAUUUUUAUAUUUAGAAAAAAAAAUUAAUCUUAUAAUAUUUUUUAAAAAAUUAAUUAAUUAAUAAAUUUAAAAUAAAAUUUAAUAAUUUAUUUAUUUUAAAAUAUCAAUAAAUAUUUCAAUAAUUCACUUGCUCCAAAAUACAGGCAGUACAUAAUAACUUCAUAAAAAAACAAAAGUGAGAGGAAAAUAGAAAAGAGAGAAAAAGAGGGAAGAAAUGAAAAAUCAUUCACAAAUAUAGGCCAACUUUUUCUCUCAUUCGGUGUUCGGCGGCUGUAGUGACACUCGUUCUACUCUUGUUCAACUGCCCCAACAACUCUAAAGAAGAAAAAGGUAUCAAAAUUUGGCAAAUCGUGAGGGUGAUAACAGUAGUUAACGGAUUAUGCGGGAUUUGUAUUAAUUGGUUUUUGGUGUGUGAACGGAAAAGGUAAAGUAGGUGUAGCUGAAUUAUGAAUUAUCUCAACUUAGAUUUCUUUGAAAAGCAUUAAUUAAUUUCUGUGAUUCAGGAUUUAAGCAUUUAAAGCAUUCUGAUCUAGACACGCAAAGCUAGUAAUUUUUAAGGCUCUGAGAAUUGACCAGAAAAUGACAGGAAGUAUAAUUAGAUUGUGAAGAGAUAUUGUUUAGAGCAGAGAAAAGUAGCUGUUUUGGUUGUGGUUGAUAGAUAUGCCUUUUCCGAUGAAGGUUCAGCCUAUUGAUUCUUCAACAUACAGAGAAUCAUCAAUCACAAAUGAUACAGUAAAGCCGCAGCCUUUGUUGAAAUCACGGCUCAAAAGGUUCUUUGAUCGACCUUUUCCUAGUGUUUUACGGAUUUCGUCGGCGGCUGAGCAACCCGUUGCCGGUGGCAGUUGUAGUGAUGGAGCAGCUGUUGAGUUUGAGCCGAGUACGGUUUGUUUGGACAAAUUGGUUCAGAAUUUCAUCGAAGAGAACAAUGAUAAGCCGCCAUCUGCUGCUAGAUUUGGCCGUAAAUACAAUUGCUUCAAUGGUAACAACAAAGAUAGCUCCGAUGAUGAGUUCGAUUUCUCAGACUCAGUAACCAACUCUUCGAUUGGAGAUUCUUCCGACACACUCAAGAGCUUAAUUCCCUGUGCAAGUGUCACCGAGAGGAAUCUGCUAGCUGAUACUUCAAAAGUCAUUGAAAAGAACAAAUUUUGCAAGCGUAAGGACGAUUUGAGAAAGGUUGUCACUGGUGAACUUUUAGCUCUUGGCUAUAAAGCUUCUAUAUGCAAAUCCAAGUGGGAAAAAGCUUCCUCUAUUCCUGCAGGUGAAUAUGAGUAUAUUGAUGUGACUCUGAAAGGAGAAAGAGUGAUUCUCGACGUAGAUUUCAGAUCUGAGUUUGAAAUAGCGCGAUCGACGGGAAGGUACAAAGCAAUUCUGCAAUUGCUCCCGUUUAUCUUCGUCGGCAAAGCCGACCGACUUCUGCAGAUAGUGUCGAUCGUCUCUGAAGCAGCUCGACAAAGCUUGAAGAAGAAAGGCAUGCACAUCGCUCCAUGGCGCAAGCCGGAGUAUAUGAAAGCCAAAUGGCUCAGUCCCUAUACAAAUGUCACAUCUGCUCCACGCGCCACCGUACCGGAGGAAGCUGACGCCGCCGCUUCUGACGGCAAGGAAGCGGCGUCGGAAAAUGAAUUCGGCGAGUUGGACUUGAUUUUUGCUGUAAAACCGCCGACGUUAGACCCUGAUCUUACAAUUUUAGCUCCGCCGGAGAAAAAUUCCGGCGAGGACGAGAAGCCACCGCAGAAUCAGGUGAUGAUGACGUGGCACCCUCCGGCAGUGAAGCCAAAGAGUUGUUGCGAUGGAAGAACUAAAGUUGUCGUCACUGGAUUGGCUUCCCUUCUCAGGGAAAAACCCUGAAAGAUUUUUAUUAUUUUUACAUUUUAUUAUCUAUUUUUGGUUAGCACAAAUAUAAAUGUAUGAAGCUAUAUAAUCGGAAACUUUAGAUAAACGGAAACCGUUUUUUCCAUUUUCCGUUUCUGUUCUUCCUUCCUGUUAGUUUUUCUUCUUUUUUAAGGAUUUGCAAGGGAUUGUGAAGACAGUCCAGAACGAACCUUUGCUGUAAUGAGAUGUAAAGAAUAAAGAAUUAUAAAUUAUAGUAUCAUUAUUCAGUUUUUGUUGGAUAAUAAAUUUCAAUUUUUUUUUA